AUGGUCUUCCUCGAAGGCGAAAAGCGGCCGUCGCCGUUCAGCGUCGAAAGUAUCCUUGAACGCAAAGAUGAAAUUUGUAAGCCACAAGCCAUGGCACCAGCGUCAUCAUUCAGUACGACUACAGUCGCCCCCAUCACGCCGACUCAUUUGAAAUUUUCGAACCCUUUUGAGACUGCAAUGCUUUUCUUCGGACAGUCCAGGCUACCUCUUCCCCUUUCCGAUAGCUCACCGGAGUCUUCGGGAUCCUCUCCGCAUUCGAUUGCCAAAGUACAAUGGAUGAACACUUGGUGUGCUCGAAGCGAUUCACCCAUAAAUGAAGAUGCCAAGAUUCAAAUGGGCAUCAACAAAUGUAUGCUACGAAAACACAAGAACAAUCGCAAACCCCGCACACCAUUCAGUACUCAGCAGCUUCUCUCACUUGAGAGAAAGUUUCAGCAGAAGCAGUAUUUGAGCAUAGCAGAACGAGCCGAAUUCAGCGCCAGCCUACAGCUGACCGAAACCCAAGUGAAGAUCUGGUUCCAGAAUCGCCGUGCAAAAUCAAAGCGCUUACAAGAAGCUGAAGUAGAGAAAGUGAAAUUUGCUCAGGCCAGUGCACUAGCCGCAGCAGCCGUUGUAAACGUACAGAACGAUCCAACCAAGUCAUUUCUCGCCUUUGGAUAUCCGACACAGUGGUGA